UGACAACUGCACACACUCAGAAGACAGAACCAGAGGAGAAGCUGCUUCCAGAGCAGUAAAAAUACAUUUUUUAAGCAUUAUAUACACACAUAUACAAGAAGGACAAAGAUGCAGGUGUGUACAGUGUUGGAAAAACGUGGUGGGUGUGUGGUGGGAGCCGAGCUGAGCUGCAGCGUCAGAGAGCAGAACAUUUCCCAGAAAGAGAGCUACAGCGCUGAUUGGCACAGCAUCAACAUGAAAACGCAGCAGGAGGACCGCCAGUUCAUGAAGAUGGCUGAUGAUUCCCGGCGAGAGACACUUUCUCGUUACUGGCGUGCCCGUCCCCUCUCCCAGCAAUGUCCUUCAGGCGUCCUGCGUGUCGGCACUGUGGAGUCUGGCAUCGGUGAGCACCAACUGCUACCCUACAGAAACACUCUUCCGCUACCCAUCUUCAAGCCGGCCGAGCUGGGUGUGAGGAUGGGCCGCGGUGCUCCUCACAGCCUGGAGGACCUGCCCAGUGCCCGUGCGCCUGAUGGAGCAUGCCCAGCCAAGAGAGAUGUCCUGGAGAUCACACGAGACCUGCCGCCUGUCAAACCCCUCCGUAUGGAGUUCGCCAAGGCUCCCAGAACCCUCGGCAGAUCCAUGUCUCAGGAGGCCCAGAGAGGGUGAAGAAAGAGAGGUGGAGAAAAAGAGGGAUGAGGAAAUGAAUGGAUGGACUUGUAUAACCUGUGAAAGAGUGAUGAGGAAAAGGGACUGAUGUAGCAAAUGUAGCUAGACAGUGUAAGCAGUAGAAGUGUUAUACGCUCUCUUGUUGUACUGCUGAAAUUGAAGGGAAUGAGAAUGCGGUUGAUUUUGUAAAUAUUUCCAUUUGUUUAGAUAUUAAAGUUAUUUUUGUAUUGAAAUUUUAAAAAAACAGUUUUAUUGUGUUCUGGUUGUUUGAGAAUUAUAUGGCAGUAUAACAGUAUAAGUCAUGAGAGAGAAAGAGAAAGAGAGAGAGAUUCAGAUUUCCUGCAAUGGCAAAGCUCACGUCUGUUCAUAGUGUGGAGAAAGAAAGUUUGACUGGUGUUAAAACUAAUAAUUGCACAACAAAUUAACUACUGAAUCAUUAAGAAAUAUCCAGGGCUGAGGGUUUGAGAGUUGUCUGUUUCUAAUACUUUUAUUGUAUGGUUUUGAAUAAAAUCACAUAAAACUCACAA